AUGUAGAAUUUGGAUUUCAAUUCCAGAUUUAAAAUUACAUCACUUAUUUUUGCAAUUUUUUUAAGUAAUAUGUCAUAUUUUGCAAAAAUAGAAAACUUGUUUAUUGAGUGCGAAAAGUUAAUUUUGUUUAAUUAAACAACAUCCUAGGAUAAUAACAAUAAAAGAUGUAAGAAUAACGUUGUCUUUCAUAAACUAUAAACUGGUAGUUUUAAUAUAUUAUCAAAUAAACAGAAUAUCCAAGCAUUUCUUAUAAGAAAUAACUCAGUGAUAUUCAUCUCAAUUUUAACUAAAUUUAUUGACCUAUUAAUGGUAGCGUUGAUCAUAGAGAAGCCCCCUAAAAUGUGGUUUAUUAUAGAGAUUGUACCUAAUGUUCUUUAUUGCGCAACCUUUUAUAUAUUAGCUCCAAGCUUUCUAGUAAUUUACUUUUAUUGCUGUUAUUCCUGA